AUGACUUCCAGCACAUUUCCAGAAGGGGGCCCUGUGACUUCAGAGCAAUCUGAGAGCACUCCGGCCAACAUUGCCCUUCAUGUUCUCAGUCCUUCUUUGCCUCCUCCCAGUCGCUUUACCCUCAAUGAUUUACCUCGUUCGACCACAGUGGCAGACUUAAAGACUCGCAUUUCGCAAUCCAUACCGAGCCAGCCGUCCUCAGUGAAUCAGCGCUUGAUAUACCGAGGAAAGCCUCUCAUGAACCAGAAUGAGACGUUGCAGACUAUCCUUGAACCGCCAGGUGAAUCGGAAUACUCGAUACAUCUGGUUCUUCCUCCCGCUCCUGCACCCUCUGCUCCUUCCCCCGCGGACUUGCCGUCGGCCGCGCCUGCCCCAACCCAAGAAGCAGUCGGGGGAGCUCCCAUCGAUACUAUGCGCAAUUCCCUCUCAGCGGCCAAUGCCAAUCGAUUCGCUGCACCGAAUUUUCCACAUGUUCAAGGAAUCAGAUUCCGAGGGAAUAUGCCAACGCCUUCUAGAGCAAACGAUGCGGACUUGGCACAUUUGAGACCUACAAUUGAGGCGAUCCGUCGGCAGGUAGAACAGUUAGAGCGCGGCGGAAACCAGCAGGCACGACCAGUGUCGCAGGCAACCGCGACCAACCCGUUUGGUUCUCACGUGCAAUCGCCAUCUUUUCCUCAGCAGGCUGCCUGGCAGCGAAUGUCGCACGGCUUCUCAAACCCAUCGAUUUCUGCUAUACCACAGCAUCCUUCAUCAGUUACUACCACUACUUCUUCGUUAUAUUUCACCAUGCCAUCGACUAUGCCUUCUACUACAUCAUCAACUGCGAGGUCGUCAGUCGCAGAAAGUGACCUUUCGGACUUUACCGAUAACCAGCAACUCCAGCUUCAGAUUCUACGCCAUCAGAUCGCACUAGGCGAGGACCAGCUGAGCCGGGGGAUCGCACCUCCCUUUGACCAUGUUGUGCGUUUGCGAACUCAGUUAUUCCAGAUCCUCGAUGAUCAGUAUCGCAAUCCACUUGCUCGACGUGAUGGAUCCGUGGAGUCGUUGCUCACCCGUGUCUCCAACAUGUACAACCGAGCGGAUCAGCUCCGUAUUCUGCAAGCGCGAGCGAGCAUCAGUCUGCAAAACAACCUCGGAAGUUCCGUCAUGAAUCCGGAUCACUCGACAGCACCUCUAUACCUACUUUCUUCACCAGACGGUCACCAAAGCCUUAUAACCUCACCAGGUGGCACGGGAUCGAUCCAGGCAGCACUUCGCACAGCGCAUAUGCCUACGUCAACCACGCCCGCCCACACCAUUGGGCAAGCACCCGAAGCGCAUGCGCAACCAAACCCAGCUGUCAUGGAGAAUGUCGUUCGCCAAGCCGUCCUUAACCACCAACUCCAUAACCGAGACCACCAAAUUGGGCUUGCCCGAACAAUUAGACGAAUGUGGCUGUUUAUCCGGUUAUACUUCUUCUGCUACAUGUUUAGCGAACCUGGUACUUGGACUCGAAUCUUCUUUGUCUGUUUAGCUGCCAUUAUUUCGCUGUUGUCCGACACGGGAGUCCCGCAGCAGUUGCACAGUAUGUUCGUCGCCCCUGUCCAACGCCAUAUGGAAGGAGUGAUCCAGAUCCCCCGACUUCGGCGACCUUCUGCCAGCCAGAACGCCGCGGGCCUCACAAGACAACCUACCAGAGACAACCACCGCGAAACCCAACCUACCGGACUGCGACACAACGUCAGACGAGCGGAAAGAUCUCUCCUGUUUUUCAUGGCCAGUUUGAUCCCCGGCGUCAGCGAGAGAUAUGUCGAGGUCAAUAACGCAGUCGAAGCGGAAAAUGCUCAACGUGAACGUGAAGAGGAGAACCGUCGUCGACAGGAAGAGGCAACCCAAGCUGACGCUGAUGCCGACAAUGCGGAUCAAGAGACGGUCAAUCCUCAUGCUCAUCCGGAACGAACCGUGACGAAUGCGAAUGAAAGAUACACUGCGAUACCCCAGGAGGAAGAUAGAUAA